GACUAAUGAUAAUUGUCCUGAUGAGUUUUAUGUCUUUUCUGUGUAGAAAAAAGCAGAUGGGCGAGCAGCAACGCUUCAGCAGACUGUCCCAGCUCGAGCCACAGAACAAGGAGAAAAGAGAGAGAAAACCUCUGUAGAUAUAGCCAAACUACAAAAUGAGAAGAACGUACAGAAGAAGGCAGAAAAAGUAUUUGCAAAGGUUCUGGGAGGUCAGAGGAAUGAUAAAGGCAAGAAGAUGUGUAGUCCAGAGCAUCUUCCAGUGAAGAAGACGUCAUCUGCUCAGGGGUCAGUCAGAAGACAGAAGGAAUCUUGGGCUGCAAGAUUAUCUUCCACAUUCGCCUCGCCUCCCUCCGUUGAGAAGAUGAGAUCAGGCGAAAAACUAACAACCAACUUGAGAGCCAAUGCCACACCGCUCCGUUCUCUGUCCAUCUCUCCAAUCGAAGCUGACUCUUCUCCACUACAGCCUCUCGGUUCUCUCAAAGCCUUCUCUCUCUGUAAAACCUCAGGGAAUAAAGCUGCUGUGAAACCACCAUCUCACACCAUAACACCUGUUUCCACAGCCUCAAGAGGCUCUAAGCGGAUUGCACCUGCUGCACAGGUGGAGUUGAGUCCAGUCCCCUCAUUACUGACCCCUACUCAACCCCUGGAGAAAUACUCCCGGCCCUCUCCACACAUCCCUCCAGACCUCCAGGAGGAGAGCGGUGUCAUGGACAAAACCAGCCCAGCAUCGUUUGAAAGGAGGUCUGUCAUUUCUGUGACAAUGAGUCAAUCUUCUCACAUAUCUGUGAGCAACAUGGCCCUGAUGUGCACUGAGCUAGAGGUACAGCUUUAACAGUUUAUUUCUGAGCCCAGUUACACUUCUCAUAGAACUACAUUUCAGUAACACACCACUUCACUCUUGUACGACUUAUAGAAAACACCAGCAAGCCAGAAAGGAAGUAAGGUUGAGAGACUAGAAUUUAAGUCAGGUGAAGCGAUUUUUUGACCAUGUUGUGUUUUUUUGUUAAUUUUUUUUAAUAUACAAAAAUAAGCAUCUUUCUUGUACCAAUUGCUAAUCAGGUCCAACGGCCGUCCACAAGCAUCUCACCCUGAGCCACUCCGCUAGUCUUUCAGAGAGAGAUGAGGACAGUGAGGAGGACAAAGAGAAUAAGGCUCCUUCUCCCUCGCAGCUAGCUCUGAAAAUGAAGCCUAGAAAGCUGUUUGUGCCUACUAAUAAAUCCUUCACUCCUAGUAAGGGUAUUUAUCACCUUAUAAAAAAAGAUUAAGUAUCAUCCUAACUAGGCAUGGCGUGGCAAGUUACCAGCAUAAAGUAUUAUUUCCUUGUGAUAAUACCAGCCAAUCAGAACAUAUUUAAUGUUUAAUAUAAAGCCAUGAAAAGCUAGAUUGAGGACCAAUAAGAUUUCAUUGUGGGCGGAGCAACAAGCAUGAUACAGCAAAAAAAGAUACCAAUCAAACCUUGUUGAGUACAGGAACUUUGAUUAACUCAAAAAAUUUAAAUGUGACUGAUUUAUCAUUUGAUGUUUUAUAACGUGAAACAAUCAGAGUAGGUCUCUAUAUAUACAUAGCACAUUACUGAAUUUUUCAAUUUGGCAGACAGUUUUACUGAAUGUGCAUCUCAGUUUCUCGGACACAGAUUAAUCCCAGUCCUGACUCAUCAGACACUGUUAUUUUUGAUGCUGUGAGUGAUGUUGUGUUGCCUCAGGCCCCAAUACUAAAUCACUGAAGGAGGAUCAGAGCAGCUCAGAGGAAGAAGAGGAGGACAUAGUCACAGAGAACGGGAGAAGAAAGAGACGUUACCAGAGAGGCCUGAAUAAAAGGGCCAAGGAAACAACAAUAUCCACUGAAGAAGUGGAGACCCUAUCAUCUUGUACAAGGUCCAGCUGCAGGCAUGCCAGUGUGGAGGGAGACAUAGACCUGACCCAGCCUGCUCAGCAGGUGGGCUUUAUCUGCCAUCAGUUCAGCUCAGAGCUUAAGAGGAAGAUCAAGAAUCGUUGCAGGACAAUGGAUCUUUACACCGGGCAGACUUUGAAGACCAUAGGGCAGCACAUGUCAUCUGUCAGCGUCCAAGUGCACCAGUACAGUACUCAGAGGCUGGAGAAAGUUAAAAAAGUCCUGUUGAGCGAAAUAGCAAACCUGGAGCAAGAUGACAUUGCUCUGCGAAGCAUGGAAGAGGAAUUGACGACUUAUUGGGAGAAGCAGACACUGGCCUUCCACGCUUACCAAGAGAAAGGAACCAAGAGAUUACAGCAGUUGAAAAGCACCAUUCAGACGGACGUGUGUGACAGUCUAGAGUAUGAGAAACAAGUCUUCUCUGUGGAGAUGUCUUUGAUGAAGAAGAGCAUGACUUCAGUUCAGGAGCGUUUCUUCAAAGAAAUACACGAGGAAGAGUUGACGAGUGUGCGGAGAGGACUGCAAUCCUUGUUCUUCCCUGACGCAUCGAGGUUCUGACCUGAGGGAUAAAAAUUACCGUUUGAAAAUUACUUUAAACUAUACCUAAAACCUGUUUGUAUGCUUAGAUAUUAUUAAUGUUGUGUUCUUUUAAAAAAGCAUUACUCAAAAGGUUUAAUAUUUGUACACUAUGCUAUUUAUUCUGGUCUCCUUGAAACAAUGGUUGGCUGUACAUAGUUUUAGCGCACAUAUUUGCUUGUGGUUUUUAAUAUAAAUAAUGAAUAGUUUAAAAAGCGAAUAAUUAAUUGUUAUAGGUAAUGUAAGAACAAAUGCAUUUAUUUCUAACAUCCCACCUCAUAAAAAUCAACUUUAGAUGCAUGUGCGCGGAAAUUAAAAAGGGAUGCUACAUUCUAAAAAAAAGUUUUUUGCCUUUACACUAGCUGAAUAAGCUAACUUCGUGGGUUCAAUUGAAGGGAGAUGUUGAAAAAUAAAGACAGGAAAAAUUACUAAA